AAAACAUAGCUGCUAGUUAGCUAGCCAAUUACAGGCUAACGGGGAAAAUGGCUUAGCGUGGUCCCCCCACAUCACAUCGACAAUCAUAUAACUGUACUUUUUUUGUUUGUUGAUACAUAUGAUUUACGUUUUUAGAAUACCUUGCAAACCUACUUGAUUCAUGCAAACUGUCGUUUGUUGGAUUCAGCAGGCUCAUUCGAGCAUCUUUUGACACCAACACGGCUCAGCAGCAGACCGGGAGAAACAUGGUAGUUCCGCACAGCUCCAGUGCGGUGCAACCAGCAGACAACGACUGUGCCGAGGGUCUUGUGAAGCCCUCCCAGCCGAGCUACGAGGAGGAGCAGGAGGAGCAGGAGCUAGCAGGGGUGGAGUUGGAGGAGGUACGUAAGCUCCAGGAACUCAUUCGAAGACUUGAGGUCCAGAAUCAAACACUCCGAAACAGGGGAGGCAGUAAGGAUCUACAUCUCAGAGGGACCACCACAAACAGUAACCUCACAACCAGUACCAACAUCAAUGAGAUAAUAUCCUCCUGUGAAGGAGUGAUCAACACCAACUCCUCUCUCAGGUUGGGGAACAGUGGAAGCUGUGGAACGGAACUAGGUGGCAGCAGUAGUGACUUGGAGCUGUCCCCUCCUCAGGACAGCAGUAGUGACUUGGAGCUGUCCCCUCUUCAGGACAGUAGUAGCAGUGAGGAUAUGUCCCAGCUCCCUGUAGUUAACCGGGAAGAGGAGGAUGGUGGACUGUGUGCAGGCUUUCUGACCCUGCCGUGUGGGAACGGACCAGGACCGGCGCAGACCCAGGGGCUAAGCACAACCCCAGAGAGUCCCUCUUUGGACAGUUAUGAGUCUGAGACCCUGGCGGAGAGCGACUCGGGGGUGGACCAGUUGGCUCUGGAUGAAGUGGAUGUUCUGGACCUAUGGGAGGACCUUGCAGAGGUGGAUGACGAGGACAGCUGGUUGUAUGUCUCCCCUAUGAAGCAGGUAGUUGCUGAGCCCAGACCUGAGUCUCCUCUGAAGUGGUGUCGGAAGGUUCUGGACCACCCCAGCCCAGAGACGGAGGUGGCCUGUCGCACCCUGCUCAACCGUCUCGACCAGACAUCUCGCUGGAGGAACAUCUACAGCAGCUCUGGUCAGAUGGGGGAGGCUGGCUCCUCUGGCUCUGGGCUCCUCUCUCCUGGGUACCACAGCAAAUCUACUAACAAAAGCCUACUGGCCAGUGGUGGCUCAGGCUACGUGAGUGUGCACUCUGCUCUGAGUUCCCAGUCUUCUGUAGACAGUGAGCUGAGUACCUCAGACGACUCCAUCACCAUGGGUUACAAGCUACAGGACCUCACUGACGUCCAGAUCAUGGCCCGCCUACAGGAAGAGAGUCUGAGACAGGACUAUGCCUCCAGCUCUGCCUCAGUGUCUCGUCGUAGUUCCUCUGCUUCCCUCCAGUCUCUACGUCGGGGUGGGACCUACAGUGACCAGGAGUUUGAUACCUACAGCCUGGAGGAUGAGGAGGAUGAGUGCUGCUCUCUGCCCCAGCGACGCCUCCGCUACUCCCCCUCUCCCCUGAGCUCACCCCGCUGCCUCUCCCCCUCCACGGGUUUGCAGGGCCAGGCAGAGUACAGCAGGCUGGGGGCCCCCCGACAACGUGUUCCAAGGCGAUCGCUACAGGGGCCCGGGCCCGAGCUGCUAAAAUUCGCCAAGACCGAGGAAGAGGUGAGGCACAGCUUGCCUAACCUGGCCCCCCGCACCAGCCUGCGUUCCUUGGAGGCGGUCAGGAACAGUCGCAGCAUGGAGGCUAACCUCCAGAGCUCUGGUAUGUCAUCCGGUCAGAUGCGAGGCAGUGGCCAGUCCCAUCUGUCCAUGCGGGUCCCUGUCAAAGCCAUGUGCUCCAUGCCGGGGGCCCGCCAGCCCUACAGGGGCCUGCCUGUAGUCCAGAGUGGACCCAAUGGAGGGGUACGGAGGGUCCAGUCCACAGGGCCUGCCAAUGGGGGAGCCUACCCAGCCGGGAGAGCCUCUACUGGGGGUGGGAGGCAAUCAGCAGCCCCAUCCUCAAGGAGUAGACUGGCCCAUCCACAUAGAAGGUCUAUGGGGAUGACUAGAACGAAUGGCCCAAUCUCAAAUGAGUCCUGGCGAGACGGCUGCUACUGAGGCAACAAGGAAACUUCCUCCACCUCUCUCCUUUACCUCACGUUUUUAUAUAAACACCAACUAAAUUGCCUCUGAACGUACCCCUGUAGGCAACACCAACUUACUUGUCUCUGACCAUACCGCUGGCCUAUGAACAUACCUCUGUAGGCUGGACCACUGUAGAUUAACAGAGCUUCCCUUGCAUGCAGAACCCUAUUACCCCCACGGAUACACUGGAGACAGGACCUAGACAGAGCUUCCCUGGCAUGGAGCACCUUCUCACCCCACAGAUACACUGGAGACAGGACCUGGACAGAGCUUCCCUGGCAUGGAGCACCUUCUCACCCCACAGAUACACUGGAGACAGGACAUAGACAGAGCUUCCCUGGCAUGGAGCACCUUCUCACCCCACAGAUACACUGGAGACAGGACAUAGACAGAGCUUCCCUGGCAUGGAGCACCUUCUCACCCCACAGAUACACUGGAGACAGGACCUAGACAGAGCUUCCCUGGCAUGGAGCACCUUCUCACCCCACAGAUACACUGGAGACAGGACCUAGACAGAGCUUCCCUGGCAUGGAGCACCUUCUCACCCCACAGAUACACUGGAGACAGGACCUAGACAGAGCUUCCCUGGCAUGGAGCACCUUCUCACCCCACAGAUACACUGGAGACAGGACCUAGACAGAGCUUCCCUGGCAUGGAGCACCUUCUCACCCCACAGAUACACAGGAGACAGGACCUAGACAGAGCUUCCCUGGCAUGGAGCACCUUCUCACCCCACAGAUACACUGGAGACAGGACCUGGACAGAGCUUCCCUGGCAUGGAGCACCUUCUCACCCCACAGAUAGACUGGAGACAGGACCUAGACAGAGCUUCCCUGGCAUGGAGCACCUUCUCACCCCACAGAUACACUGGAGACAGGACCUAGACAGAGCUUCCCUGGCAUGGAGCACCUUCUCACCCCACAGAUACACUGGAGACAGGACCUGGACAGAGCUUCCCUGGCAUGGAGCACCUUCUCACCCCACAGAUACACUGGAGACAGGACCUAGACAGAGCUUCCCUGGCAUGGAGCACCUUCUCACCCCACAGAUACACUGGAGACAGGACCUGGACAGAGCUUCCCUGGCAUGGAGCACCUUCUCACCCCACAGAUACACUGGAGACAGGACAUAGACAGAGCUUCCCUGGCAUGGA